AUGAUGCCAGUUACCUUAUUCAAUGCGGUCCUCAGACCCACACUUAUCAAUGUCAUGAAGACUUCAACUGUCAAAUUCUCUCCGACAGCUGUUUCAUGCAUUAUCCCCAAAAGCCACUUCCAUAUAUCUUCUGUCCGAAAAGAUAUUGAUCAAGCAGCCAAAUACAUUGGUGCUGGCGCGGCUACUGUUGGAUGUGCUGGAUCAGGCGCUGGUAUUGGAUCUGUAUUUGGAAGUUUGACUUUGGCAUACGCCAGAAAUCCUGGUCUAAAACAGCAACUAUUUACCUACGCUAUCCUUGGUUUCGCUCUGAGUGAAGCAAUGGGUCUGUUUUGCCUGGAUGCAUAUACCCUCAUGUACCUAGGCCUAUUUUCCAUCUCAACCAGACUUCUGGUCCAAAUAUGGAUAACUUGGAAGGAAAUCCCCUCUUCACAAGUACUUGUCAGAAUUUGUUCAAUUCGCUGCAGAUUCUCCUAGCUUUUAAAGACAGGAAACGUCUCAAAUUUCCCGGACUCAAAGUGUCAAUAACUUGUAUUCUUAAAUUUGUUUCUAAUAAGAAAGUUGUACAUACUCAAAUCUUUAAAAAAACACUUCAUUUAAUUCCAUGUAGUUUAUCUAUUCCCUCUCGCUAUAUACAUAUGGAGUUAUCGGUUGUUUCA